AUGCUUACAAGUGAUGAAGUUACGGAAAAAACGAUCGCUGCCAGUAAUCGGGCAAAUGAAGUAACGGGAUUCACCUUAGAGAUGCUGUUGGCUAAGUUGGACUGUUUGGAGCACAGGUUUCUAGAGUUGCAGGUUGAAUUGCACGAACAUCGUGAGGAGGUGGCCCAAAAUCGUGUAACGCAGGAGAAAACCCUGGGUGACUUCCUGUGGGCUAUACAUCGGCUCGAGAGUGACAUUGGGCGCAACGUUAGCGUGCUUCAGGAUCAAUCGCGACAGGUCCUUGCCCAACAAACAGCCUGUGCCAAUCAUGAUCAGUUCCGGGAGAAACUGUUCGACCAUUCCCAUCACCGUGUGCCAGGUUGCGUGGCGUCAGUGCUGAAGCCGGAUCAUGCGUCGUAUUCAUCGUGCAAAGAGGUGCCCUCGAAUGUGUCGGGUCCUUAUCGGAUCCGUGUUAACAACGAAAGUGACCCCUUCACGGCGUACUGUGAACAGCAAGCGUUCGACGGCGGUUGGCUGGUGGUGCAGCAUCGAUUCAAUGGAUCUCUGGACUUUUUCCGCUACUGGACCGAGUAUCGAGAUGGUUUCGGGGAUGUUGAGAAAGAGUUUUGGCUCGGUCUGGAGAAGCUUCAUCAGCUGACGUCAGCGCGUCCGUAUGAGUUGAUUGUAGAGAUUAAAGACUUUAGUGGCAACUACGGGUAUGCCCGGUAUGACGCCUUCGAGGUUGGAAGUGAAAGUGAGAAAUAUAGCCUCAAAACACUGGGAGCGUACAGUGGAACCGCCGGGGAUUCACUGGUGUACCAUAAGGGAAGUCCUUUCUCGACGAAGGAUCGGGAGAAUAAUAGCCACAAAUGUGCUGCCACGUAUGAAGGCGGCUGGUGGUACAAUCAAUGCCAUGAAGUGAAUUUGAACGGACGCUAUCAAAACGCUGACGAUACGAAAGCAAUGAAUUGGUAUCAUUUCAAAAACAAUCGUAUAGGAAUGAGUUAUUCGAGAAUCAUGACUCGUCCACUCAAAUAGGAGCCAUGAUAAUAGCGCCCAUAAA